AUGCAUCUUCCCCGGAGCUGCAUCGUCCUCCUCAUCCAGGGGAGCAUCUCUCUGCUGGUGAUUUGUGGCCAAGAAGAACCAGGGAAAGGUGCAGAGCAACAUGAACCCAAGACCCAGGAGAGAGCUCAAGUGCAGAAGACGAGAGGGCUGCUCUCUCCAAAGUCCCUGUUAACUCCAACCUUACUGCAGAAUAUGACCCUCCUGGAGCUGGUGAGCAGUUCACGGGAGUUAUGGGAUAUCCUGGACAACCUGUCUGAGCGAAACCGUGCUCCACACCCCAGAGGACAGAGGGACUUGGGGCCAGCCUCAGGCAAGCUUAAAAAAAUUUUUGGCUGGGGAGAUUUCUAUUCCAAUAUCAAGACGGUGAAGUUGAACCUCUUGAUCACUGGAAAGGUGGUUGAUCACGGCAACGGCACAGUCAACGUCUUCUUCCGACACAACUCUACCGGGCAAGGGAACAUCUCCGUCAGCCUCGUCCCCCCUACCAAGGCAGUAGAGUUUGACCUGGAGCAACAGAUCUUCAUCGAGGCCAAAGAAUCCAAAAUCUUCAACUGCCGCGUGGAGUACGAGAAAGUGGAUCGCGCCAAGAAGACCACGCUCUGCACUUACGACCCAUCUAAGACCUGCUACCACGAGCACACCCAAAGUCACGUCUCCUGGGUCUGCUCGAAGCCUUUCAAAGUCAUCUGCAUCUAUAUCACCUUCUACAGCAUAGACUACAGGCUCGUGCAGAAAGUGUGUCCCGAUUACAACUAUCACAGCGACGUACCCUACUACCCCUCGGGAUGA